UUUGGAGGUAUUCGAUUAUAUAUGCAGGAGUUGAUUGCUAUUACCCAGAAGGCCUUACAAUCGCAGUCUUGGAAAAUGAAAGCCCAGGGGUGCAAUUGCUAUGGCAUCAAUUGCAAAACAAACAAGCUCUCUAGUACCUCCAUAUCUGGGAAUGAUACUGAGUGCUUUGGUGCAAGGCCUGGCUGGAAGAACAUGGGCAGGAAAGGAAGAACUACUAAAAGCCAUUGCCUGUGUGGUGACAGCUUGCAGUACAGAGUUAGAGAAGUCUGUGCCCAACCAACCCACCACAAAUGAAAUUCUUCAGGCUGUCUUGAAGGAGUGUUGCAAAGAGAAUCUCAAAUAUAAGAUUGUAGCAAUCAGCUGUGCAGCUGAUGUUUUGAAAGCCACCAAGGAAGACAGAUUCCAGGAGUUUUCUGAUAUUGUCAUACCCCUCAUCAAGAAGAACUCACUUGAAAGCAUGGGAGUUCGGAGCACCAAAGGUGAAGAUGAAAAUGAUAAGGAAAGAGAGCUGCAGCUGGAGUCUCUGCUGGGUGCCUUUGAGAGCUUGGGCAAAGCCUGGCCCAGGAACCCAGAAACCCAACGUUGUUAUCGUCAGGAGCUGUGCAAACUGAUGUGUGAACGACUAAGACUCAGCACAUGGAAAGUGCAGCUAGGUGUCCUCCAGUCGAUGAACGCCUUUUUCCAGGGGUUAAUGCUUUUGGAGGAAGAACAUGCAGAUUCUGAAGCUCUGGCUGAAAUUCUUCUUGAAACUUGUAAAUCAAUUACUUACUCUUUAGAAAAUAAGACCUACUCAUCUGUGAGAACAGAAGCUUUAUCUGUGGUAGAAUUGCUGCUUAAAAAACUUGAAGAAGCUAAACAGUGGGAAAGUUUGACGGCGGAAUGUAGAAGACUUUUGGUUGAGUCUUUAGCUACUAUGGAGACAGACAACAGACCUGAGCUGCAGGAGAAAGCCACAGUAUUGAAGAAAACACUUGAAAGUCUGGAAUGAAUGAGAAUGGGAAAAAACAAACAAGUGCCAUGUUCUUUUGGGAUUGGAAGUUUGGAAAUGGUGGUAUUCUUUAAAAACCAAGGUGGGGGGGGUGGGAGUAAAGAUUACUCUGUAGCAUGCAUCAUUCCUUGGCUGAAAUAAAAAAAAAAAAAAAAAAAACCCUUAAAUUUUGCUCCUUUUAGCUUUAUUUUACUUGUCUUUAAAGUAUGUGGGCUAAAUGAGCUUAAUAGAACUUGGGUUUUCAAAA